AUGCCUCGCUUUCAAAUUCCGGACGCAGUAAAGGCGGCUGGAAUCACUGUGUACGAUCCCAAUGAUCCCUCUUUCAUGACUCCUAUUAUUGGAACAGGGCAGCCCUUGCCGGAUUUGCGUAUGGAUCAUCCUGCAUUCAGAGUGCCUUCAAUUGAGGAGCAUCCACUCUACCACGACACUCGGUGCUUUCUUUUUGAUGGAAGUAUUCCAAUGAGUGACGGUAUCGAUCAAGCGGCUGUGCUGAGUAAAGCUAUUGUGAGAGAAGGUUUGCCAGAGACGGUGAUUCAUCGUGCGGCGCAUGUUGAUAUCUCCGAAGAGCAGGUUCGCGAUGCAAUUCUUCAUGGUGAAAAAUAUGAUCCUACACUGGAAAAGUUGCCAAGAAGAUUUGAUCCUGUGCUCUUCUGGGUGCAACAUAUUAGGGUCCAUGGAACACCAGUUAUAAAGCGACUAGUCGAUAGAGAUGAACCGCUCAGCGCCACAUUACCAACUGUUGGAUCAUUCGCUCCAAGUCCGCUAGUGCUUCGCUUCCAACCUCACGUAACUCUUCAAGGAUCCAAGCCAAUCAGUCCAUGGGCAACAGCUGAUGAAGUUGAAGAAACAAGAGUCGAUAGAGAUGAACCGCUCAGUUCCACAUUACCAACUGUUGGAUCAUUCGCUCCAAGUCCGCUAGUGCUUCGCUUCCAACCUCACGUAACUCUUCAAGGAUCCAAGCCAAUCAGUCCAUGGGCAACAGCUGAUGAAGUUGAAGAAACAAGAGAACAAAAUGCUGCAAACGCAGUGAUGCAUACUUUUGGAGCGGCAGUGGCGGAGGCGACAAGAAGGAAUUCGUCAAGGGAUUUGAAGAAGGAUCCUGUGGUGGUCAAAGGAGUCCAGCUUGUGGAUGGCAAGGUUGACCUCAUCACGUUCCAGCUUAACACGUUGAAUUUAACCUCUGAGGACUCGACUAAAAAUAUAGUGUGGGUUGAAAAAGGUUGCUAG